AUGGCGAGGGCGACCAUCCUUCCUCCAGGCAUCGCACCCCCCUUGACCGAGGAUAACAGCCAUAAUCAUAAUGCUUUGGUGGUCAUCACUGCUUCUCUUGCCCUCUUCCUCGCCCUAGCAUCCCUAACGAUCCGAAUAUACGCCACCCGAAUUAGGGGAGUGACUUUGAAAGAUGAUUAUAUUUUGGUUGUGGCUGUGGUAUUCGCAUGCGCUCAGGUCUCGGUGGCCUUGGACCAAGUGCAUUAUGGGUGGGGAAAGUCAAAGGAUUUGAUUUCUAGCGACGACAACGAACAAAUGACCAAGACCGGCUUCGCUGUAGAUAUCCUCUACAUCCUCGUCAUCGGUCUCUCCAAAGUCUGCACGAUGAUGUUCUACCGCAAUCUGUCUCUACGCAGUAAUAUGCUUCUAAGCAACACGAUUCUCGCCUCUUGUGGUGUCUGGAUUGUUCUAGGUGCAGUAUUACUCGGGGUUCGAUGCAACGGCGAUGCACGGGAAGACAAAAGCAGUUGCACCGGGCUUUAUCCCCGCUGGCAAGCAAUCUCCGCUCUCGACAUCAUCCUUGAACUCGUCAUUCUCGCCUACCCCGUCAAAAUCAUCUACAACGUCCAAAUCCCGUUCCUCAAGAAACUGAAAGUCCUGUGCAUCCUAAGCUCCCGGGUCAUCCUCAUCCCCCUCUCCGCCAUCCACCUCUCCUACCUCAAAACGCAAACCACCUCCGCGAACCCACCCCUCGACGGCGCCUACGCCACCACCGUCGCGGAAAUCCAUCUCGGUCUCAGCGUGAUCCUCCUCGCGAUCUCAUCGUUGAAAAUAUUUGUCGCCGUCUACGAAGACGACCAAGGGCUCGCGUACACUGAAGAUGCGUCAAACUCACAUAGCCAGAGUGGGCGGGCCACGAGGUCUCGGACUUGGCGGUCCUCGCGCCCAACAAAAGAUCCCAUGCUGAUUACGCGUGGCUGGGAUGAAGAGCCGAUCUUGCAGUCGUCGGAGGCUUUGGCGCCGCCUUCGAGGGGUCAGGAGUCGGAUGGUUCUAAUGGAGCGAUUGUGAAGAGUGUGCAGAUUUCGGUGACGAGACAACGCUCCCUCGGUUCAACGAAAGACGUUGUUGAUGGCCACGAAGGCGUCGGCAUCGUCACCGCGAUUGGCAACGAGGUCAAAAGUAUAAAGCUUGGAGAUCAUGUUGGAAUCCAGUGGUUAAACAGAACAUGUGGCGAAUGCGACUCAUGCAAAGCAGGCACCUAUCAAGGCUGUCAAGAUGCGCAGUUCACCGGGCUCUCGGUCGGUGGGACGUUUAGCGAAUAUUGCACCUGCCAAGAGGCGCAUGCGAUCCGGAUUCCAAAGCAUUACCCAUUAGAAAGUGUGGCUCAUAUUCUCUGUGCUGGGUUAAUAGCAUAUAAAGCCGUGAAAGAGUCGGGCGUAAAGUCAGGCCAAGCCGUGGCGAUCUCCGACGCCCAUGCCGGCCUUGGAAUUUUCGCAUGUCAAUACGCAAAGGCAUGCGGGCUUCGUGUCGUGGCUCUCAUCGAAGGAAAUGCUGAGUCCAGUCAGUUGAGAAGGACUCAUGCCGAUCACAUUAUUGACUACAAGUCCACCGAGAAUAUCGUGGGAUCAAUUCAAGACGUCACUGGAGGUGGCCCUGACGCAGCAAUAGUCCUGGCGGCAGGUGGGAGACCGUUGCAAUCUGCUAUAGAGUACAUCAAACCAAGCGGCACUGUUGUUCUCAUCGGAUUGCGACCAGGUGGCUCAAUGCAAGCAGACUUUAGCAAAGCCCUCUCGCGUAUGGUGAACAUCAAAAGUUCAUUCGGGGGGUCCAAGCAAGACACGGAAGACGCGAUGAGGAUUUCCGUUGAGAAACGGUUCCAAACAACCACUCAGUUCAUGAAUUUAGAUCAAUUAACCGCUGUCUUCCCUGAAGUCAAGCGAGGCGAUCUUGUAGGGAAUACGGCGUUCAAGAUUCCUGAUAGACGCGAAGCGAAGCAGGCAUACUCGGUGUCUUCGGAAGAAACGCAGAUUGACUAUAACGUCGGAACAUUCUUGGCCCAUCGGAUAGAGGAGCUUGGUGUGAAAGACUUCUUUGCGGUUCCUGGAGAUAGUAACCUGGCGCUCCUGGAUAAUCUUCUGAGGAACCCACGUCUGCGCAUGGUGUCCUGCUGCAACGAACUGAACACCGGGUACGCAGCGGACGGAUACGCCCGCACAUCUCGGUCAAAAAUUGCAGUCGUGGUGAUUCCGUAUGUUGUUGGCGGACUCUCGAUUCUCAAUGCCAUUUCCGGGGCUCACUCGGAGCAUCUGAAGGUAAUCGGGAUAUCAGGCUGCCCGAACACAAGCAUGCUGGGAGACGACAAGUUUCUGCACCACACACCUUCCCGAAAGAACAAACACCAGGCGCUUCAUGCAUUCAAGGGUGUGACCGCCGCGUCUGUUCGAAUUGACUCGUCCGAAACGGCAACAAAUGUCAUUGAUGACGCUUUGCUUAAAUGCCUUGACAAAUCCCUUCCGGUAUACAUUGAAGUUGCGAACGACAUAUCCACAGCGCCCUGUCCGGCUCCCUCUCCACUUCAAAACCAGGUCGUUCUCGGUCGGAAAGAACGCGGAACAACACAAGCAAUAGAAGCCAUAAAAAAGACAUGGAACUCUGCCAAAAGGCCUGUUUUGUUUAUUGGUCCUCUUGCACGUCUUGCGUCUUCCAAAGAUGAUGUCCAGCUCCUAGCUGAGAAGCUUGGAUGUGCUGUGCUCUGUCAGCCUGACAGUCGUUGGAUACCCGAGACCCAUCCUCAAUCCUGCGGGGUCUUUUGGUCGGGGGUUUUCAACCCAGAAGGCGAGGAGAUAGCAAUGAAUGCUGACUUGUGGGUUGUUCUGGGGGGGUCUUGGUCGGACCUUCACGUCCUGGGAUUUAAUCCCAAGGAAGAACGUCAUCGUAUGCUCGAUAUCCAAGCAGAGGGUGUCCGUCUUCCGGACGGUACAAUUUUUGAACCUGUUGACUUUUGCUCGCUGGUUUCGGGGCUGAUCAAAUCCGAUAUCACGGCAAAUGGCAGUUGCAUUCCCAGCUCACACGUACAGCUUUCAAGCCCUGUUCCAGGCGAGCUCGAGUUAUCCGAAAAGCCGUUAACUAUGAAAAGUCUUCUUGCGGGAAUUCAAGGCAUUUUACGCGGACAUCACACAAUUAUUGCCGACACAGGAGAAACAUGGUUUGCAGCAAAUCGUCUAAGGCUUCCGCGCGGCGCUGAUUGCCAAAUGCAAUUGGCCUAUGCUUCGAUCGGAUGGUCUUUGGGGGCGGGCCUUGGGGCACAGGUUGGACUUCCCGAUCGACGGGUGAUUAUAAUGGCUGGGGAUGGGGGUUUCCAGAUGACAGCACAGGAGCUCAGCACAAUUAUUCGCAUGAGACUGAACCCGAUCAUCUUUCUGUUCAACAAUCUUGGGUACAAGACCGAGACUGCCGUCCAUGAAGGACCGUAUAAUUAUAUCGCGAAUUGGGACUAUACUCAACUGGCACAAUGUCUUUCUAGUGAACCUCAUUCUGAGUCGAAUAAUCCAUAUGCGACCGAGCAGGCACCAAGGAAGAAAGAUCUUCGCAUGUUCGCAGCCAAGAUCGAGACUCAGGCUGAUCUAGCAUUGGCAUUGCAAAAAGCAGAAGCUGAGAGCGGGAAAUUAGCAUUUUUGGAAUGUUGCAUCCAACCUGGGGACAUGACUGCAGAGCUUCGAAGAUUGGGGGAAAAGCUUGGUAGUGAGGUGACGGCCUCGGACUCAAAUUCGGCAACCUCCUCAUCCACUCCUUCCCCGACACCUUCUACUGACAACAGGAGUGUGACUCCCUCCUCUUUGUCUUCGCCUGUUCUUCAGCCCGAGCGUCUUAAACAUUACCGGGAUCUAGAUGCAUCGCGCCUCAAUGUAAAAUUGACAAAGACGCCUAGAGAGGUGCCCCCGCUUGAUUCUCCCGAUGUGCUUUCCCAUAAAGUGUGUACGGACCACAUGGUGCAAGCACGGUGGUCAAUCGAUGGAGGCUGGGAUGAUCCCGAGAUCUUGCCGUAUACCCCGCUGAGCUUCGAGCCUAGUGCAAGCGCUCUUCAUUAUUCGACCAAUUGUUUCGAAGGCAUGAAAGCCUUCCGUGGCAAAGACGGGAGAUUGCGUCUUUUCCGCGCGGGACUGAAUUGCUGUCGACUACUGGAUUCCGCCACGCGAGUGUGUCUACCGCCCUUCAAUCCACGGGACAUCUACAUUUUAAUCAAGAGGCUCUGUGAGAUUGAUGCCCCAAAAUGGCUCCCUGCAAGCCAGAAAGGAUCGUCCCUAUACAUUCGACCUGCGCUCAUCGGUACGUCUCCGGGAUUGGGCCUGGGCGUACCAAAGGAGGCUCUUUUGUAUGUCAUCAUCUCAUUUUGGCCCAAUCCAACGGUCUCGGCAAACCUGUCUUCCAGGCCAAAGAAAGGACUGCGGCUGUGGACAAGUCCCAAGGAUAUGACAAGAUCGUGGCCCGGCGGAUAUGGAUCGGCGAAACUGGCGGCCAACUACGGGCCAUCCCUUCUUGCGCAACAAAAGGCUCAUGCAGCAGGAUAUGACCAAGUCAUGUGGCUGUUUGGACCUGAUCGUCAAGUCACCGAAGCGGGAGCUUCGAAUCUGUUCUUCAUCUGGAGGUCUCUUCAAGGAACAUUACAAGGGCGGCUGCAACUUGUUACAGCGCCACUGUCCGAUAAUCUCAUCCUGCCGGGUGUGACCAGACGAAGUGUUCUCGAAUUGGCUCGGGACAGAAUGUACAGCGACGAAUACUCAACAGAGAAUGUCCACAGUUCGGUUGAGCCGCUUGAAGUGGUGGAGAGAAAAUUCACAAUUCACGAUGUUAUUGCUGCGGCUGACCAAGGCAGAUUGCGCGGUGCUUUUGUAACUGGUACUGCGUGUUUCAUCACACCAGUGACAUCUGUCUAUUUUGAAGGACGCGAGAUCGAUAUCGAACCUGACGCUACUCCACACACUUCACUGUUUAGGAAAUGGAUUUCGGACAUUGUGAAUGGCGAGGAGCACAGCCCAUGGACGGAAGUGGUAGAGGGAUAG